CUUUCCAAACUCCAACUCUUUACCAGGACUUACAAUAAGAUGUGGACAGAUGCCCAGAAAGACCUUGACAUCCAGCUCCGGAGAGAAAGAGAAGAGUUCCUCCAGCCAGAAAAGGACCGCGUGGAAGUAUUCAAGAUGUUAGCCGCUUGCUACAUCAAAUACAUGCAAAUCUUCCGUAACUUGGAGACGGCCCAUGACCAACUCGUUCACCGGCAGAAACGGUCAGCGAUUCGGCAAGUGCUAGAUGGCGUGAUUGGCCGGAUCCUGGAGAUUAAAAAAGAGAUGGUGGAGCUGGAGAAGUCAGAGUUUCAUUACAUUGAUAAUAUCCUGGAAGACCUAAAGCUUCUCCCGGAAGACAUAGAAGUACCUAUCCCAAGGUACUUCGUUAAAGAAAAGCUGGAAGUCCUGCAGCAGAGGGAGAAAAUCCUUGAUCAGAUUUUGCUUAAUACUGGAUUGCAAACACAAAAACCCCUCAAGGCCAUGACAUUUGAAGAAGCCGUUAAAGUGAUCCAGAUUGCAGAACGGGCUCGCCAAGGCCGUUGUCGAGCAGCAUUCAUGAAACGAAUUUACCUUGAAGGGAAGAGAGAAAGACAAACUAAACUUCAGGUCCAGAUGGGUCCAAAUCCAGAUGAUGCUGCCACUUGCAUUCAAAAGGUUUGGCGUGGAUAUAUCCAACGCAAGAAAACAGAGAAAAUGAGAGAAGAGGAAAUGAUAUUUCUGGGGAUGAGCCUACCUCCUCACUUAAAGGCAACUAGUAGUUCGCAGAUGCAUGCUGGGCAAAUAAACGCCCUGCAAGGUGACGCCCAGGAGAGACACGAGGAGGUAUUCAUCAAGAACAAGCUGAGAGAAAUGGAGGGGCUCGACAUCAAGGAAACUCUCCAGGAUCAGAUCGGACAGUGUUUCAUCGAGUGCCGGCAUAUCAUAGGCAAGUUUCCUGACUAUCCUACUGAAGAGGCAGGAGGUUCAAAGGCUAUUCUUUCUCAAAAAACUCCAGAGCAGGUUGCUGCAGAACUGGCUGCCAAAAAGGAGAUGGCUUUGCAGAAAAAAGCCCAAAAGGGGAAAAAAGAAAAAGAAGAAGGGAAGGACAAAAUGAAAGGAAAAAACCCACAGAGAGCUGGAAAGAAAGAAGAAGAGGAGGACUGGAAAAUGGCUCCCAGUAAUUUCCUUUCAAUAAUGGAAGAAGGCAACAGUCAAUACAAAGCCGUUUGGCAGAACAGAGACGAGGGAUGGGAUUUUCUCCAGGAUCACGACCCAGAGCUAAUCAAAGAAGAGAAACGGGAAGAAGUGGAGGAAGAGAUCAGAGUGCAGGUUGAUGAAUUAAUGCAACAGAAACUGGAAAAUCUCAGACUGGCUGUGGAUGGAGAGAAGAGUGACAAACAGAAAAAAGGAAGAAAAAGUGAAAAGAAAAAAAAGACAACCAUGAGGAAAAAGAUACCCGAGAUGGAGGAAGAUCUAACUCCUGACAGGACCAUCGAUUCUCUGUACACAGAACUAGUGGAAGAAGGAUUACUAAUAAAGGCCAAGACCGUCAAUCUCUCCGAUUAUGUUGGCGAGUACAGCUAUCUGGGGACCACACUUCGUCAGGUAGAUGUAGAGCCGAUGCCCUCUCUCGCAGAUGUCAGACAGCUAAUAGCACUGUAUGGAAUAUUGCCAUUAGGUUCCCAAACAGUCCAUGAGAAAGCUCCUUUGGUGAAAGCCUUGUUACUAGCUGGACCCGCUGGUGUUGGAAAGAAAAUGUUGGUCCAUGCCAUCUGCACAGAAACAGGAGCCAACCUCUUCAACUUAUCUGCUUCCAACAUUGCUGGGAAAUAUCCAGGCAGCAAUGGCCUGCAAAUGAUGCUUCACAUGGUUCUCAAGGUGGCUAAGCAAUUGCAGCCUUCAGUCGUGUGGAUUGGAGACACAGAAAAAAUAUUUUCUAAAGGAGUGCCAAAGGCCAAUGAAGAGAUGAACCCAAAACGACUGGAAAAGUUUCUCCCCAAAUUCCUUAAGGCUUUGAAAGCACAGGACAGAGUGCUGCUAGUGGGAACCACCAACCGUCCCUUCGAUGCUAAUCUUAAACCUUUCUGCAAAGUCUACCAAAAAAUUAUCCUGAUUCCUAGACCUGACUACGCUUCAAGAUUCGUGUUAUGGAAACACAUCAUCCUGCAGAAUGGUGGAGCCAUCACCAACUUGCUGAACAUAAGCUGCCUCGCAAAGGUGUCUGAUGGUUUCACCCAGGGACACAUCGUCCAGGCGGUGCAAGCUGUCCUGAGCGAGCUACGCCUCCUGCAGAUGACCAGGAAGCCACUGAGGACUGCCGAGUUCGUGACUUCUCUGGCCAGACAGGACCCAGUGUACAAAGAGGAGGAAGAAACAUUUAAGGCUUGGUAUGCCAAGACACCGCUGGGUAAAGCAUGCAUCAGAGCACUGGCAGACAGCAAGAACACAGGAAAAGGAAAAACAAAAGAAGGAAAUAAAGGAAAAAGGAAAAACUAA